CGGAAGUUGUGGUUACUACGGCGACGCCACGCUUCUGGUCCAGGCCACACUGUGCAGCAUGUGGUACAUCCGAAAUCAGGGAUCGAACCCAUGCCCCUGCAUUAGAAGUGCAGAGUGUUAACCUCUGGACCAAGAAAGUCUACUUUUCAGAAUUUCAUAGACAUUUCCAACACUAUCUUCUGUGAUGGCAAGUCCCAAAGGAAGUCGAAGUCAGAAGAUGAAGCUCCCCAUCUUUACCCGAAAGGGGACACUGGAGGUGCCGUCCCCAACAGAGAAGGACUGGUCUAAGGAUGAUGAAGAUGAUUGGGUCUUCAAGGAUCCAGAUCAAGAGCAGGAUUCCCUACCCCAGCCGUAUCGAAUGAUCAACAAAAUGGUGAACUCACUGUUUGACCGUUCGUGGGAAAUUAUUGAGGAGAGGGAUACCUCAAAGACAGCUGAGCUCCGCCGGACCCAGCCCACCAUCUACCAUCCACUUAGAGAAAGUAAGCUCAACACAAUGCCAAACUGCAUGGAUGUUUCCCAAGACUAUGUGUUUAUUGGAGGAAGCAAAGGAUUCUCUAUCUAUAAUCUGCAUAACGCUAAACAAUUAUAUGUUUGGGAGAAACUUAAGGUUGAUGUCAUUUCCAUCUGGGCCACAGAUUUGGGGAGUGAAAUACUUAUUGCUCCUGUGGAUGAAACAGGUAUCGUUCGACUGUUUUAUUUUUAUAAGGAUGGUCUUUACCUCAUCAAAGCCAUCAAUGAAUCGGAGGACGCCAGCAAGCAAACCACCUGUGUAAAGAUGGAAAUUUCUAAAGGAGGGAACUUUGCAGCCUUGCUCCUACAGGGAGCCGGGGACAUUUGGCUGGAUGUGUAUAAACUGCCCAAGGAGUCUUGGAUCAAGGAAGUGCAGUACCCCCAACUCACCGUAAAUACAAAGAAAAAAGUCAGACAGCAGCUGCAAUUGAACAUUCCUGAUUCUGUGACUGCAGAUAGUUUAGAUAUGGAUAUGAACAUUUCUUUCAGAGGAGAUGUUAAGUUGAGUCUUCCAGUUCAAAUAAUGAAAAUCAAACCACCCAAACCAAUUACAGGUACCACAUUUAAGAGCCCCCUGGAAGCCUUUGCAAAGAUAGCAGGCUGCCGCGGGCUGGGCUCUGGGCAGAAUCACUACAUCAAGGCAAGCCAGUGGGAGAAGCGGGAGGCAAUCUUAAAAGCCACCUACAAGAAGUACCUGGAUGGGGAAUGGGAGCCUGAGCCGAUCAGUAUGGCUACGUUCUACUUCCUCCUCCCCAGUCGCGUAAUCCCAAUGCCAGCGGGAGUCAAGAGACCCCCAGGGCUCGCCUGUGUCCUUGGUGUACACUGGACCGAUCAUCACAACUUCUUCUUCUAUUCACUUAACCGGACGCUGAAGGAUAAAGCUGACCCCGAGGGCGUGUGGCCGUGCGCCGCGCCCAUCGUGGGGUCCCAGCUCAGUCCCUGCUCUUCCUACCUGGUGCUGGCCUGCGAGGACGGCGUGCUCUCGCUCUGGGACCUGGCGCAAGGACUCACUCUUGGAGUCGUUGCUCUUCCUGAAAAGUGCUUCUGCCAAAGCAUCCACUUCCUGAAAUACUUCCUAGUCCACAAAGGACAGAAUGUGUAUCCGGAGGGCUCAGUGAAAUGCCACAUGAAAUGCGUGGUGCUGUGUACAGACGCGUCUCUCCAUCUGGUGACAGCCUCGGGUGUCCAGAACUCCACCAUCAGUCUGCUGGUGGAGAGGCCGGUGAAGUACCUGGAUGAAGCCAUCUGUGCUGUGGCCCCGGUCCAGGCCUUACCUGGGAUGGUGCUGACUUUUUCCAGAGACGGCUCUGUGUUCCUCAUGGACGUGGCCAAGUCGCAGAUCGUCUGCUCCUUUGCUCCCCCCAGAUCCUACUCCCUGGUGGCCCCCUGGAACCCAGUGUUUGUCGUGUCUUUACACCACCCGUGUUUCCUGCUGCGAGGAGACCAUCCAGAUGAAAUUGGAUCUGCCAGCAAAGCUGAGGACAUCCCAAAUUCUAUUUUCUAUUUUAAUUUUGAGGACUACCCACUCCUAGAAAACUUCUCAAGAAACUGCACCAUUCCUCAAGCUAGCAUACUGGACCCCCCAACAUUUGCCCAGGCAUUGCCCCUGGAGGAGAGAUGCGAGAAAUUCUUCCAAAAGAGUAUUCAGAACCUGGCGAAGAGCAAGGUGAAAGAGGAAGAGCACUGGACCCGGCUUCGGAGGUAUUCCUUGCUUCUCCAAAAAGAGGACCUUAAGAAGUGACUGGGCUGCGGCCCUAGGCUCUGAAGAGGUUGGCAGCAGGCAGGCUUUGCCCUGGAACGCUCUUGAGGUCAAGAGACACAACAAAGGGCUGCAGCUCAGUAGGCCUUGGGCCUGGCUUGCAGUCUGGGACCUCUGCAAGCCAGCAAGGGGAGAGACAUGA